AUGCCAUAUCAGGCCGAAAUGAGUGGGCCGGCUCAACGUCCACGAUUGCGCACAAAGACCGGCUGCCUCACAUGUAAGAACAGGAGAAAGAAAUGCGAUGAAGAACGUCCCGCUUGUCAUCGGUGCCGGUACUCUGGAUAUACAUGCCAAUGGCCGACAACCGACGACCUGAUCGAUCGACGCUAUUCAUCGCACCCGGCGCGUCGAAAGUCGACCUCGCCGGCACCUUCGACUGCUACUGCCGAGUCGAACGACACACAGCAACUUUCCAUUUCUAGGAAGGACCAAUACAGCGACAACUCCGUGACCGACGCAACGGUCUCGCGGUCCUCGGAAGCAGCAGCCCACCAGCUCUUGUGCCAUGAUCUCGAGUCCGUGCUCGCCCGCCACUUCGUGGACCGGUAUUACGCCCUGCUACUCCUACCCAGCUGCCAUCCGGAGUACUACCACGGCUGGAUCAAUGAGAUCCAGGAACUCAUGCUCCAGCACAAGUGCCUACGGUCGUCGGUGUUGGCGUGCGCGGCCUCUCAUCUGCAUUUCGUGGACGCUUCUCCACAAAUGCAGGAACUCUCGCUUACGUACUAUUCCGCGGCCAUCAGAGGACUCUCUGAGGUGCUUGCGAGGGCGUCGUCGCAGCUGGAGAACCACAACGGGCUGUUGAUGUCGAUCAUCCUGCUCUAUCUGCACGGGUGCAUGGGAAGAGGCACCUACAACGACAUCCCGCGCCACGUCAACGCCGCGAUCCGCAUACUGAAGCUCCGCCUCAUGGAGCGGCCCCUGAGCACCAGCAUCUCCCGGCCUUUCGACCGUCUGGCGGUGGAAAGUGUGUUAUACCAAGUCUUCCUCGUCACGAUGGGGUCCUGGUGUGGUGGCCGCUUGGAGCGUGUGGCGUACACGUUCGACGCGGCCUUCUGGCUGCGCGCCGAGAACUUGCUCGCCCAGUCGAUGUUGUUCCGGAUCCCCAGCACGUCCAUCUCGACCAACAGUCCCGUGCUGGGCGUGCCGUUGGACCUCUUCAAGCUCGUCCUCUCAAUCAAGCGGCUGUGGGAGAGUCCAUUUGGACAACUUGACGCGGAGACGCUGGACGAGCUGAGGACCGAGCUGGAGGAGUGGGAAAGGACAAUCCUUGGGCCUCCACAAUCUCCUUCAGACAGUAACUACGAGAUCUACAGGGACGCCACAGCCUUGUACGUCCUGGUUGCGUCGUUGCUGGUGCAGCAACUGCAACUGUGUGAAGGUGGAGGGCAUGCCGAGGGGAUCGGCAUCGGCCCUCCAGGGCCAGUACCUCCGGGUUGCUGGCAGAUCGAAAAAGCAAUGAUUAUCCUACAGAACCACGAGCACGACGUCGAUUGGGCGAGGUGCUAUAUCGGUAAUUGGCCGGUUUAUACGCUCGGUUUCUUCGUGGCCACGCCGGAGGAUAUCCAGCUUGUUCGCGACGACAUGCGCCGGAGGUGGAAUCUGAUGAGGUUUUCCCAGCUUGAGCGGUUUCGAAAUGAUCUGGAAGCGACGUGGACUCAGCGGAAUGGUAUGUCCUGCGAAGCGUAG